AUGACUUCGACUAAUGACAAGAUCGAUACAUUAUCAAAAAAGAUUGCUGAAAUAUCUAUUCAACAAGAUAUUAUAUGUAAUACAAAUAUCUCGGAAGCAAAUAACUAUUAUAAAACACGACAAACUUCAAAAGGAGUAAAUUUUGCUCGUCUUGAAAAAGGUCUUCUCUUAUUUAUCUAUAUUCAUGAAACAACGAAAAGCAUUCUUUACUCGGAAAUAGCACUAUGGGAUCGUCGUCUAUGUAUACAAAUGAUAAAAAAUGGUGAUUGUCCUAAACUCCGCAAUCAAUGUCGCUAUGAACACGAGACUUUGUAUCGUCAAUCAAAUAUCUGUCCUUUUUGGUACACUCAUUCAUGUACUUAUGGCACUAAAUGUCGAUUUUCUCAUGAAUUUUUUCCAAUAUCUAAUUAUCAUCAUUAUAUUCUUACUAAUACAGAUAAUAUUGUAUAUAAACUUAUUCGAUUUGUUCGAAACUUUGCUGGACAUUACAUUGAUUCAGCAAUUAAAGAUGAAAAUGAUCUACAACAACUUCAUAAAGAAAUGGUUGUUUUAAUGGUACAUCUUGUGCAUUUUUUAAGUCCUAAACGAUCUAAUUCAAUUGAUCAUCUUAAUUUGUUUCUCGAAGCAACCACUAUUAAACAAUUAAUUUCACCAGAUAGUCUUCUCGAAGAAUUAGAAAAACCGUACAAUGUACCUAAAAUAUUUUUAGAAUCAACUCUGAAUUUUAAUACUCAUUGGUAUCGACAUGGAACAAAUAAAUGUUCUGUUGAUUUUAGUCAAAUGUCUACUCAAUUUAUAACUCAUUUUAAUAGUGUUUUUAUCGGUUUUUACGAAGGACGUCUUAAAUCACGUGGUGCUCCAAUUGCAUGGGCUUGA